AUAAAGAACAACUGAGCCUUUCGGAUCGGGCAUAUGCUUUGCAGAUCCUAUUUCCCACUGCACUCUCUUGCACGGCUACGCAACAUUUCUCCGUUUUCUUUAUUCUAUUUUUCCCUUUCCAUUUCCAUUGGCGCCUUCUCCUUGUAGAAUUCUAAAAUAUAAUUCAAAUUGCAGGGUUUAUUUUAUAAUUUAACAACAUAAUUCUCAAAAUCUAUUUCUAUCCACAAUGGAAUCGAUACAGAGCCGAGUAGAAUCAUGGAUCAAGGACCAGAGAGCGAAGAUCCUCAAGGUAUCUUGGGGUCCGCUGCAGUGGAGGAUGAAAUGGCCUCCAUGGAUUAACAGUGACGACAGAGAACAGAAGAAGAUUAUUCAACAAGAAUAUGAACGUAGAAGGAAGCAACUCCACGAUCUUUGUCUCGCUUUCAAGGCUGAGUCCGUCGCCGAUUUGCAGGAAAUUCUUUGUUGCAUGGUCUUGUCAGAGUGUGUUUACAAGAGACCAGCAACUGAAAUGGUUCGUGCUGUGAACAAAUUUAAGGCCGAUUUUGGAGGACAAGUUGUUUCUUUGGAGCGUGUCCAGCCCUCUUCGGAUCAUGUUCCUCACAGGUACCUAUUGGCAGAAGCAGGCGACACAUUAUUUGCUUCAUUUAUUGGGACGAAGCAGUACAAGGAUGUUGUGACCGAUGUAAAUAUACUGCAAGGUGCUAUAUUUCAUGAAGAUGCCAUGGUUGCUACCCAGAUGGAAGCUCUUGAAUCAUCACAAUGUGAAAGCCAAAAGGCAAAUGGGGAAGGUCAACGGCACCCCCUCGAACCAAAGCCUAAGCAAAUGAAAGAUCAGCCUAAGCCUGCUGCUCAUCGAGGUUUCUUGGCUCGUGCUGAAGGGAUACCUGCUUUAGAGUUGUACAGGCUUGCCAAAAAAAAGAAUCGCAAACUUGUAUUGUGUGGGCAUUCACUUGGUGGAGCAGUAGCAGCAUUGGCUACACUUGCCAUUCUGAGGGUUAUUGCUGCGUCCUCUCCAUCAAAGGAAGAUGAAAAAAUUCAGGUUAAAUGUAUAACAUUUUCGCAACCGCCAGUUGGGAAUGCUGCUUUAAGAGACUAUGUGCAUGAAAAAGGCUGGCAGCACUAUUUUAAGAGCUAUUGCAUUCCUGAGGAUCUGGUGCCCCGAAUCCUUUCUCCAGCUUAUUUUCAUCAUUAUAAUGCGCAACCUUUAUCGAUGCCUGCUGAGGUUGAAAAUAGUAGUCAAUCAGUGUCAAAACAUCAGCAACGAAUAGAAAAAUUAAGGGAACAGAAACCAAAGGAGAAUGAGGGAGAGCAGUUGGUUCUUGGUUUAGGCCCUGUACGUACUUCUUUUUGGAGACUUUCGAGGCUUGUUCCUUUAGAUGGUUUUAGAAGGCAAUUGAAUAAAUAUACAGGAAGACAAGGUUUUUCCACAGAGACAUCUGUGACAACUAAUUGUGGGAUAUUAUCUAGAAUUGAGGACGAUGUAGCUGAACCUCAGUCUCUUGAAAUCCAAGAGGGUUCUGAUGGCAUAUCACUUAAAGUGUUAUCCGACACCAAUAAUGGGCCAUCUGAUGUAGCAAUGGAUGGAAAAUUGGGCAAAAAAGGCAACGAUAAAAAUGGAGAGAGAAGAAAUUGGUGUGGAGUGCCUUAUUUACCUUCAUAUGUCCCAUUUGGGCAGCUGUAUCUGUUGGGGAGUUCUUCAGUGGAAUUACUAUCAGGUGCAGAGUACUCAAAAUUAACAUCGUGGCUGGAGGUAGUUGAUUUUGGGACCUCCCAUUUAUUUGAUUUCUUCUGGCAAAGACAUUUUCAGGUCAGAUCUGUGAUUGCUGAACUAAGGGAACGAUUUCAAUCACAUUCGAUGCGAUCUUAUCGGUUUCGAUUUCAGAGAAUCUAUGAAAUGUGCAUGGAUGAUGGUGCUUCAUCAUUCCCAGGAAUGGAGCAACUGCCUCAGUUUCUGCAUUUACAACAGUGGCUUGGCCUUGCAGUAGCAGGUGCUGUAGAGCUUGCUCAGAUUGUAGAAUUGCCAGUUAUUCGCACAGCCACAUCUAUUGUUCCUCUUGGAUGGAGUGGUGUUCCUGGUGAGAAAAAUGGAGAACCCUUAAAAGUUGAUAUCACUGGUUUUGGCUUGCACCUUUGUAACUUGGUUCAUGCUCAAGUUAAUGGUAACUGGUGUUCAACUACAGUGGAGUCAUUUCCUUCAGUGCCCAGCUACUCUUCGGGGCAUGAAGUAAAGCCAGAACUACAAAAGAUAAGGGUUUUGGUUGGAGCUCCUCUAAAACGACCACCAAAGCUUCCAAUAGUGGCGGAUUCCUUUAUGCCUGUGUUUCCUUCUAUUGGUUCAGAUGCUGGUAAUCUCAAAAGAGAGCAUAGUUUAGGGCAUCAAGAGAAAUUCCUUCCUGAAGGUUUGAGUGAUUUUUGCAUUUUUUGUACAAGUGAUUUUGCUACUGUCUCUAAGGAGGUCCACCUCAGAACUCGUAGGGUACGAUUACUUGGCCUUGAGGGUGCUGGUAAAACGUCUCUUUUUAAGGCAAUCAUGAGUCAAGGCAGACUGACCCAUAUAACGAAUUUUGAGAAUAUGCAUACAGAGGCUAAUGUUCAAGAAGGCAUUGCUGGUGGUGUAUGCUACACUGAUUCAGCUGGUGUAAAUUUACAGGAGCUGAAUAUGGAGGCCUUUCGUUUCAGGGAUGAACUGUGGAUGGGAAUUCGUGAUCUUACUAGGAAAACAGAUUUGAUUAUUCUUGUGCAUAACAUGUCGCAUAAGAUUCCUCGAAGUAAUAACUCAAAUGCAUCACUGCAACAGCCAGUCCUUUCAGUUCUUCUAGACGAGGCUAAAGCUCUUGGAAUUCCUUGGGUUCUUGCCAUAACAAAUAAGUUCUCUGUUAGUGCACACCAACAAAAGGCAGCAAUUGAUGCUGUUUUGCAGGCAUAUCAAGCAUCUCAAAGCACCACAGAAGUUGUGAAUUCCUGUCCUUAUGUUAUCCACAGUGCUGCAGCCAGUGCUUCUUUGUCAUUGGCUGCAACUGAGAGAGAUUCUGGUGGGGUUGCCCAAAAACUUAUUUUUGCACCAGUUAAUCUUGUUCGGAGGUCCUUUCAGAGGAGAGACACCAUUUUUCCCGUUGAGGGUGUGAACUCCCUUUGUCAACUUGUUCACCGUGUGUUGCAGAGUCACGAGGAGGCCUCUUUACAGGAACUAGCUAGAGAUAGACUUUUGGCAGAGCUGGCACGGGAGACUGCAAUGGCAAUCGAUGCAAAUCGAGAGUCUCAAGCUAAGGCAUCUUCGCUGACAGCUGCAGCUGUGGGUGCUUCUCUUGGGGCUGGUGUCGGACUUGUCUUGGCCGUUGUCAUGGGUGCCGCCUCUGCUUUACGGAAGCCCUGAGUAUUUUUCUUUCACCAUUGAGUCACCAAUGCAUGUUUUAGAUGUCGGAAGCCCUGAGUAUUUUUCUUUCACCAUUGAGUCACCAAUGCAUGUUUUAGAUGUCGGAAGCCCUGAGUAUUUUUCUUUCACCAUUGAGUCACCAAUGCAUGUUUUAGAUGUCGGAAGCCCUGAGUAUUUUUCUUUCACCAUUGAGUCAACAAUGCAUGUUUUAGAUGUUGAACUCGCCUAGCUGAUGUACAUCAUAUUUUCUCAGUAGUUUAGAUGUGUGGAUAGCUACUGGUAAGCCAUUUAUUUAUUCAAUUCUCUCUGUAAAUUCACUGCGAGCUUGAGAUGCUUGCUUGAAUUCUCCUAUGUAUUAUAAGAAUCUCAUCAAUGGUUAUUAUGAUACAGUCUUUACCCA